AUGGACUGCUCACCCUUCCCAGACCAAGCCGAACAGCUUAACGAGAUCAGCUUAUCCUUCCAAGCAAUCUUCGAUCGCCUUCUCCAGACAACACAAAACGUCAGCAAAGAUCCAAUCCUGCGGUUAGCUGGACCAGAAGAGAUUCUUCAGCUCAAAGAGAUCAGUGCGCCAGGGACUGCGCAUCCAGUACAAGAUGCUAUCGAGGAUGCAUUCACCAUCUCAGACUUUCGCUUCCGGAUGAGUCAUCCCAAGACUUUCGCAUUCAUCCCAGCUCCUGUUUCUCCAUUAUCUUGGAUAGGAGAUUGUAUUGCGCAGGCUUUCAACUCAUUCGCUGGGUCGGCGCUGCAAGGUCCGGGUGUGGCCAUUGUAGAACAAACGUUGCUGCAAUGGUUGGCUUCCAAGGUUGGAAUGCCGGAUACUGCAGGUGGUGUGUUCGUUUCUGGUGGUUCGAUGGCUAAUAUGAGUGGCAUGGUGUUGGCCAGAGAGUGUAUCUUGGAAGACGGUACUGAAAGUCUGGGCAUCGCCUAUCUAUCCGAUCAAACUCAUCAUUCGGUUAUAAAAGCGCUUCGUAUCAUUGGUAUCAAACGAAGCCAGAUACGCUUAAUACCCACCAACUCUUCCCUCCAGAUGGACAUAGCUGCACUCACUGAGACCAUCAAAGCCGAUCGCGAAGCGGGCCUCAAACCCUUCGUCAUCAUAGGAACAUGUGGCACGACAAAAACCGGCAGUAUCGACCCGUUACAAGACCUAGCUCAAGUCCGAGACGACGAAAAGAUAUGGCUUCACAUCGACGGCGCUUACGGAGCUUCAGUUGCUCUAGGCGCUACAAGAAGCAACUUUACCAACGGUCUGGGGCUGGCAGAUAGUAUCUCCUGGGAUGCGCACAAGUGGCUCUUCCAAACAUACAGCUGCAGUCUAAUCUUGGUCCGAAACAAAUUCAACCUGGCAAAAGUAUACGCCAACGACGGCGACUAUCUCCGCGAUGCUCUCGAACACGAUGAAAUUCCCGACUUUUGGAACUUGGGCAUGGAACUUACUCGACCAUCACGCGCGAUGAAACUAUGGUUUACACUACGAGUUCUCGGUGUAGAAACCGUGGGCAAGAUGAUAGACCAUGGUUUCGAUCUUGCGGAGAUUGCCGAGGCUGAAGUUAAGAAGCUAGACGAGUGGGAGGUUACUAGUCCUGCGAGUAUGGCGAUAGUGACUUUUCGAUAUGCCCCUCCGGGAAGGACGGAUGAGGAGCUUGAUGGGCUAAAUGCGUCUAUUUCAAAGUAUUUUAUGGAUAAUAAUAUUGCGGGGAUGUUGACGACGAAGAUCCGGGGGAGGGUUGUUUUGAGGAUAUGUUCGAUAAGUCCUGUGCUGAGACUUGAGGAGAUGGUGGAAAUCAUUCAGAGGGCUGAUCAGGUUGCUAAGCUCCUUACACAAAGAUAA